AUGAAGAAUCCAAGCAAACCAGCUGCCUUUGUAUCAAGCCUCUUAAUCUUUGUACUUGUUUUCUCAUAUUUAACAUCAACAACAGCUGAGCAUGAAGAAGAUGAGAGGGAGUUUGAAUAUAAAGAAGGAAGCGAGAAGGGGCCAGGUCAUUGGGGAGAAAUCCGGAAAGAAUGGGCACCUUGUAAGAAUGGAGGCAUGCAAUCUCCCAUAGAUUUGUCAAGUGGGAGAGUGAAAAUAAUUGAAAAGUUAGGGGAGCUAAAGAGGAGCUACAAGUCUUGCAAUGCCACUCUCCAUAAUAGGGGCCAUGACAUUUCAGUACAGUGGAUAGGUGAUCGUGCAGGAUCAAUACAGAUCAACGGCACUGAUUACUUUCUCAAACAAGGUCAUUGGCACUCACCUUCUGAGCAUUCCAUCAAUGGCCGGAGGUAUGACUUGGAGCUGCAUAUGGUUCACGAAACCAAGGAUCUCAAAAAACUUGCAGUUGUUGGACUCCUCUACAAGAUUGGCCAGCCCGAUGCUUUCCUCUCAAAGUUGAUGAAAAAAGUAGUUGCCAUGACUGACAAAAAAGAAUAUAGAAGAAUGGGGAUGAUUAAUCCUGCAGAAAUCAAGAUGGGUGGCAAGAAGUACUACAGAUAUAUGGGCUCACUCACUAUUCCUCCAUGUACCGAAGGUGUUAUUUGGACAAUCAAUAAACUGAUAAGGACGGUCUCAAAAGAGCAAGUGAAGUUACUUAGAGAGGCGGUCCAUGAUUAUGCUGAGACGAAUUCAAGACCAGUUCAACAAGUCAAUCAGCGUGAGAUCCAUUUAUAUGGCCCAAACCCAUAG